CUUGCCGUGGGCUUCUCUUGGCGUCCAACGUGGAGCCUGCACCUGUCCCGGACCGAGGGACGAAGGGGAGGCGAGCGAGGGUUGCGAGGCCCGGGCCGAGAAAGCAGUGCUCCUGCUUCUUCCCCGACCUUUUGGACACAUCUUCGUCCUGAAGGAAGGGGAGGGAGGGGGAUACACAGAGAGGGGAGAGAAUUGGGAGUCUGAGGAGGAGGAGGAGGAGGAGGAGGUCGAUGUAGUUAAGUGAAGGAGCGAGCCGGUUUUCGGUUGGUGAUUGAUUGAUACAUUGGGUCUUGCAAUCAAUCGACUCGGGACAUCCAUCGCCAUCGCCAUUGUCGCCUCUGGGAGACAGCAGCAGCAGCAGCGGUAGUAAUAGCAGGAGGAGCAGCAGCAAGCGGCAAGCGCAGCGUGUGGCCUGGGGACGACGGAUUUGGGAAGUUGGCCCAUGCCGAUUGCGCCUGGCGCCCGACGACGUCGAGAUUGUUGGACCGGGAUGGUGCCGAGAGGCGGCCUGUUCAGAGGAUCUUGUUGUUCGCUUAUGGGUUGAUUGAUUGCUGGUGGGCAGAAAGAUAGGUAGCUUCAUUGGCUCGCUGGCUCUCUGGCUUGUGGGGUGGUUAUGGAUCGAUCGAUGGGGUGAGGACGAGAGCAGGGAGUUGCAUCGUCGGGGCUCGGUUCGGCUGGGGCCGGAUCACGCUGCUGUGACCCAGCGACGGGAGCAUUAUGUGAAGAAUUUAUCGGGUUGCUUGUCUGCGGUUGGGGGGCGGGGAGGGCGGGGAGCGGGCGAGCGAGAGAGCGGGAUUACGAUCAACGAUCCAUUCGGAAAGUCGCAGAUGCGGACGAGGAGGACGAGUGCAGGGGUGACAAUUUGAUCUGCACGUGGCCGGAUGGUGGUUGCCUUGCGAAGGGAGGGGAAGGGAAGGACGCCAAGGGAAAGGUAGGGUGAGUUGGAUCUUGGGAAUUGGGCAUGACGGAUUCGGCUGCUGCUUGCAGCCAGGCGGUGACGCGGUAAAGAGGGGCAGGGAGGAGGAGGAGACGAAGAAGGGCGAAAGGACGCUCGUUGCUGUGUACAAAUCAUUGAUGGUGGAAGUCAGCCGUUUGGAACUUCUGGAAAUGCUUUGGCUAGAUACCGGAAUGGGGUGCAGUAGAAGAGGUAGUCCGGAGCGAUUCGACGAAUCUGAUCGGGCCUAGGUCGGAGAUGAGGGUUUAGGCACCCUGAUAAUUGCUUCAGACGGGCGAAAGGGACGCGUUCCCUUGCCUCGCAUGUGGUCGGCUUAUCUGCAUUGAUCACGUUCAGCACUCUCUGGGGUCUUGAUUCAAUAUCUGAUCCUGUACAUAUUGGAAACAUACGUUCGGAAUUGGGGGGAAAUUGGCUGUUUGAGUUGAAUUACGUAGCCCUGCAGUACCAGACGUCGAGAAAACUAGAGAUCUAGUAUGAGAGGAAGCGGCGAUUGUCCACGCCCUGUACGGGUUUCAAGUCUCCGCCGGUGAAUGGUGACAGCUCUUUAGGGUUCGUUGGUGGACUUUGAAAGGAUGAUGGGUUACGACUUCAGUGGAUCUGUGCAAAAUGCAUGAGGAUGGAGUGGAAAACUUUUGGCAACCCUUGGGAACAGAUUUGGCCCAUGAGGAUUUCAUAGCAAAUUUGUCGAUUGUAGAAUUGCAGUGCUGUCAGGGAACUGCAUGGGGCGUGGUCGGGAGAAUACUAGCUGUACGCUCAGAUAUAAACUUUCGCCCUUGCUCCUCGACGAUAGAUUAGGUGAGUCCGUAGCUUCAAGUGGAAGCAUGGCCGGCGGGCAUACUCGUUCGUCGAGCUGCGAUUCUAGUAUUUCCAGUAGUGCAGGGUACAUCGAACAUACGGUUUCGCGGUUUGACACAUUGGCCGGAAUUGCUAUCAAAUAUGGUGUGGAGGUUGCUGAUGUCAAGCGCAUGAAUGGUUUAGUAACAGAUUUGCAAAUGUUUGCUCUUAAAACCUUAAAAAUACCUCUUCCAGGGAGGCAUCCUCCGUCGAGUCCAAAUAGUCUCGGAUUCUCAAGCAAGCAUUCGACGCCACGACGUGGCAUGCAUCCAAACUCGGCAGUAAAAGUUUCUAGCAGCAAUAGGGUUCAGGAAAAAAGACCUAUAACUUCUGCCAUGGGUCUUUUGAGAGGUUACUAUGGUCUCUCAACAUCAACGACCAGACAUAGUGACGAAGGAAUGGAAAUGGCAGUUUACAAAUCGGAUAGCGACUACCAGUCUGAAGAUGAGCCAUUUUCACCUCAGAACAGGGUGCCGGAGGCCUAUCCAGCAAGGUCCUUGCCCAACAGUCACCAUCUACAGGAAGCAGAAUGUGGUAUAGGUUUUGAUCCCUUUGGAGUGGAUGGACGCAGUGAGAAUGACAGACUGAUGAAUAGUAAGUUUUGUGAUCCGCUUUCAAAGUUCAGCAGAAGUACACCCUUAAGACCGGAGAUUAUUGCUGGAGAUUCUGGAGGAAUCAGUGACAUAGAAAGGAGUGCUGAACGACCUGUGAGGCGACGUGGAAAAGCUGAGGGUGGUACUUCGCUGUUUACCGUUCCCACGGUUGAAGUGCCAGUUACUCCCGAUUUAGAAAAACCUAGUCGCAUUGAUGUUCCAUUGGGGAAAAGCUCUGUGCUGAGGCCCAAGAUAAUAAGCAGGGUUCCUGAUUUUGACGAGGAACUAAGUCCUCCUCCUCGACCUGUUGUAGUUAGUCCAACCAAUGGCUUGUAUACAAACAACGACACUCCAAGCACUGGAAGUGUAGCCGCUAGGGCUUUGAGUAGCACCUUACUGAGUGGUAAGGCUGUUGAAGGUUUAAUAUCUAAAAUAAGACGAUCUACAAGCGUUCCAUCCAUACAGGACGAUAGGAGGUCCUACAAAGGAGAUUCUUCGGCCCUUUUCAUGAUGAGUUCCGCGGCAAGCACUCAAGGUGGGGUGAUAUCUAGUGUGCUGGAAGGGUUUCCAGGCGCUGUUCGUCGAAACAAGACAGCGUUAGAUUGAUCCGCUGUGCCAUCUGCCACGGCAUGAGAACUCCGCCUCAGCAUUCUACACAUUUAUUUAGAUGAAAAGUAAGUCAUUCCUUCAUCAGCGCAGAUCACUUUACCCACUAAUUGUAGUAAGUAUGCAUUGGGACAUUGCCCAUGCUCGGCUAUCUGAUCAAUGGUAAUUCUAUCUAAUCCCUCGCCAGUUGUAUUAUGCCUUGUGGAUCAUGCCACAUUCUUUUCUUCCCCCUUUUUCGAUUCAAUCAGUAAGGAACAAUUCAUGGGUAUAAUUGGAUUCCUUCCGUCCAAAGUGUACACCCUUGAGUAUACACAAAUUUGUGGUACUACU